AUGCCCCAGCCACCUUUCGAAAUUCAAAAAUACCUGUCUAAAUCCCUCCCGACGUUGAGGGAGCAGUAUCCUCCAGGGACGGGAGGGACUGGUCCUCGCGCAGAGUGGGAUGGACCUCUAAAGGGAAUCGAGGUGAUUGACGACUUUAACCAGAAAGUCUUGGACUACUGGAAGACCAUCCCUCAAGAGCCUGUCCAGCCUCAUCCCAACUUCAAAUACCCCAAGAUUGCUCAGGUCAUCAGUAGCUUCCCAGACCGUCUGAAGUCGCCUAGAGAUCUUCAGAGCACCCUUGCCGCUCUUCCACUCGCUGCCAACUCGGCCAUCCUCACUGCCCUCGAUGCCGACCCGGCAGACUUGAAGGCGGGUGCUAAAGCCCUCGAUGCCGCCGGUUAUGAAAGUGAUGGUGGAGAAGAGCCCGAGGUGCUUCCGCAGAAGGAUGUCAAGACGAAGGGAUGGGUGUACAAGUUCAGCAAGUCGCCCUUGGGCUCAGGAGAAUUCCUUCUAACAAGGGAAGGCUCGGAUGAAGUCGCCCUCGUGGUCCGAACCAUCAACUCGUCCGCCUUUACUCCCCACGACUGGGACGAAUACAUCGCCACCGGCCCAUACCACUACGAAACCAAAUCCAAAGCCUCCUGGUACUGGUCCCGCUCCUACGGCGCCACCAAGCGUCUCGGUUGUCAAUACUAUGUCUUGACGGACUGGCAGCGCUGGACGUUUGGGUAUUUCAACAAGGAUGGGACGCGUGGGUGGACGAGUCCGGUACUGCAUCAUAAUGAGCAGGAUCCUACUAUCGGACAUGCGCUGUUCUACUGGGCGAGGUCAGCGAUCGGCAAGGAGAAUGGGUUUGCGAAUCCCAAGGAGAAGGAUCUCUCGGGCGCACCGGAGCUGUUCCCUGCCAACCCCUCAAGAAGGAUCUCGCAGUCUGGGGACAGGAGGCCCAAGCCUCCUGCUGGUUCCAGAACCGUCAAAAAGGCCAAUGAAAGUGAUAUUGAAGAGAGUGAUGCCGAAGGCGAUGUUUAA